AAAUGGCGGACGACAUGUCAACGAAGUUGUUAGUGAGACAUUUGCCCUCUCAGCUCAGUGUGCACGAGAAAACGGAUUUACUGAAACAUUUCGGAGCUAAAGAAGUAAUAUGUAUGGAAAGGAGAGGAAAACUGAGAGAUGCAGCUUUUGCUGAGUUUUCCACCCAGGCACAAACUGCUCAGGCUAUUUCUCAGUUACACCAGUCUGAGGUUCUUGGCAGCCGAUUGACAGUAGAGUACGCUAAACCUCAUCAUGAACACCUUGCAGCUCAACAGUGUAGCAGGGUCUCCCCUUCAAUAGCACUGGAUGAAAACAAAAAUGAUGACAAAGAAACAAGAAAAUUGGAGACAGAACAAGCUGGUAGCAAAGUUAAAGUGAAGUCUGGUGACACACAAGGCAUGGCACCAAGUUUAGGAAUUAAGUACAAUUGCAACCCAAGUCUUCACUAUGUCUACCCUCCAGUAAACACUGCAAUUCUCACCAACAUCGCCCACACAUUGGCAUGUGUUCCAAAAUUUUAUGUCCAGGUUUUGCAUCUGAUGAACAAAAUGAAUCUUCCUGCUCCAUUUGGACAAAUUACCCCCACCCCACCCUUUUUAGGUGAAGGACCAGAAGCACCGCAGGCAGCUUCAUCAGAUGACGACAGAUCUAUGUCCAGCGACGAGUCCGAAUUAGAGAGCGAUGAAGAAGAACGGGAGAAAAGAGCGAAAGAAAGGGCUGAACAUGCCCAAAGAAUGUCUGCUUCCAAACCAGGCAAAAGUGCCCAGAAAAGACACAAAGUAAACCUUCCAACAUCAAAACCACCAGCCAAGAAAUUCAAGGCAAGUUCUUCAACCAAACAAAUACCUGUAGAGAAAGCAUUUGAACAGCCGUCCGGCCAACCAAAGAGGAUUGAGUUCAAGCUCAUAGAGGCCAUCUCAAAUAUAUUUGAAUCUGCAGCAUAUACUGAGGCUACAGCUGUUGCGCCUCCAGAGGCAGAAGGAUUUGGUAGAUUUGCGCCUCCAGCGGAUCUUGAAGAUGACAAGGAUGAACUGGAAGAAGAAGAAGAAGAAGAGGAGUCUUUUUCUGAGGACAGUAGCGAAUUUAUCUCAUCCGCCGAACUGCGCAGAAACAGAAUAAGUACCAAAGAAAUGCCGGAGAUUUCUGCUUUCAAGAAUUAUACACCCGGAGAUCCGACAUGCAGGCUUUACAUUAAAAAUCUGGCAAAAACAGUCGAAGAGAAGAUUUGACAUCCGGCUGAUGAAAGAAGGUCGCAUGAAGGGCCAAGCUUUUGUUACAUUACCGAGUGAAGAGAAGGCAAAAAAGGCUCUCAGAGAUGCACACGGUUACAUCCUGCAGGGGAAACCCAUGGUUAUCGUAUCCUUGUUUAUAGAGUUUGCAUGGAAUAAGCAGCGGAUUCCUAUUUAAGCGUUUUGAGAUCACUAUGUUGAGCGAGUAGAAACAACCGAGAGAGCAGAGCGCGAGUGACUGGUGACGAACACAACGCGCGAGGGACCAUAGGAAAAAGGAACAUGAGCCUCUUUAACCAUACCUUCACUUCCUUGCGCUCUUAAUUCAUUUCCGUUAAGAGGCGUCUGGAGGUUAAGGCAGGAUCUUUGGGCGGGAGCCGGGUCCUCCUUAGUACCACGGGUAGGGGAUGAAGAUUAGGAGGGUAGUGUCUGAACGUUGUCUGAAAUGCUGUACUGAUCUG